ACAAAUCAAUCAACCGCUAUUCUAAUUCAUUCGAUUCCAUUCAGAGAGAUUGAGAUAUGUAUGAUGAGAAUGGGAGAGAUUGCCACCCUCUGUUAAGAGGUAAGAGGGAUUCAGAUGGAGACAACAACAACAACAACAAUGGAUGCUUUUCUUCAUCUGAUAUUGAAACUCUGUCCAGCAUCUGUGAAGUCAUCCUGCCACCAAUCCCUUUCAAUUCCAAUUCCAAUUCUCAAUACCCAGUUCCCAAUAAGAUAGUUGAUCUUGUGCUGAAAAGGGGAUUUCUAGAAGCAGUUUUGGUGGUGAAAUUGGUCCUUAUACUUCUUUCAACCAGGCUUGGUACCCUUUUUCUUUCUGGCUCUCUUUGUCUUUCUGGCAAAUGGCCAUUCGUAAACAGCUUCUCAGCCAUCCCUCUGCAUAAAAGAGAGAAAGUUGUGCAGAAAUGGUUGAAGCAUAGCUUCAUGACACCCAUCAGACUCGGAUUUGUGUUCAUCAAGACUCUCUGUCUUUUAGCCUUCUUCACUCAGGUUGGUGAGGAAGGAGAUAAUCCUGCAUGGGAAGCCAUCGAUUACCAUGUAGACAUGAAUGAAGACCACAUCCUUGAUAGAAAGGAACGGCCUUUGCAGAAAUCAAUGGUAGAAGUCAUGAACGAAAGCGAUCAGACCCUCGUGCAGUCUCUGCUUCAGAAAGGCCUGGAUGUGAAGGAGAAUCUUAAAGAGAACAUUUGCAAGAUUAAAUGCGAUGUUGUAAUAGUUGGUUCUGGUUGUGGUGGUGGUGUUGCAGCCGCCAUACUCGCAAAAUCCGGCCAGAAAGUGGUGGUUCUUGAAAAAGGGAACUAUUUUAGUCAGACAGACUAUUCUCAAUUAGAAGGACCAUCGUUGGAUCAACUCUAUGAAUCCGGAGGCAUACUUCCUACGCUUGAUGCCAAAGUAAUGAUCCAGGCAGGAUCCACAGUUGGAGGUGGCUCAGCGGUCAAUUGGUCAGCUUGCAUCAAGACACCACCCUCGUUGCUACGAGAAUGGUCAGAAGACCAAGACCUGAAGUUGUAUUCGAGCCAUGAGUACAGUUCUGCAAUGACCAAAGUGUGUGAAAGAAUCGGGGUUACUGAAAAGUGUGUAAAAGAAGGCUUCCAGAACCAAGUCCUCCGAAAAGGGUGCGAGAAUCUUGGUCUAAAAGUGGAAGCCGUCCCACAAAACUCAUCGGAAAACCAUUACUGCGGUUCAUGUUGUUAUGGCUGUCGAUCAGGAGACAAAAAGGGAACCGAUUCAACUUGGUUGGUCGAUGCAGUGGACCAUGGUGCAGUGAUCAUUACCGGAUGUAAAGCCCAGAAAUUUCUACUCGUAACGAACCAGAAAGGUAAGAAAAGAAGACAGAAAUGCUUAGGAGUAAUUGCUCAAGUUUUAAACCGAAAGAUCUCCAAGAAACUGCACAUUGAAGCUAAAGUGACCAUUUCUGCAUGUGGGUCUCUCCUGACACCACCUCUAAUGAUAUCUAGUGGACUUAGAAACCCAAAUAUUGGCAGAAAUCUCCAUCUCCAUCCAGUUCUAAUGGCAUGGGGAUACUUCCCAGAGAAUGAUUCAGAUCUGAAUGGCAAAAACUAUGAAGGGGGGAUACUGACAUCAGUUCAUAAAUCAGGAUCAGAUUCAGACUACAUCCUGGAAGUCCCAGCACUAGGACCUGGAGCUUUUGCUGCAUUAUGUCCUUGGGAAAAUGGGCAAGAUUUCAAGGAACGAAUGCUCAAAUACUCGCGAACAGCUCAUGUGUUCUCAUUGGUCAAGGACAGUGGAUCUGGAGAAGUGAAAACAGAAGGAAGGAUAAGUUAUAGGAUUAGCGAAUUAGAUAAAGAAAAUCUUAAGAAAGGUUUACGGGAGGCAUUAAGGAUACUGAUUGCAGCUGGAGCAGUGGAGGUGGGUACACAUAGGAGCGAUGGGCAGAGGAUGGAAUGCAAAGGGAUUAAUGGAAAGGAGAUAGAGGAAUUCUUGGAGACGGUACAUGCUGCAGAUGGACCGAUGUCGAUGGUGAAAGAUUGGAAUAUAUAUUGUUCGGCUCAUCAAAUGGGGAGUUGCAGAAUGGGGAAAAAUGAAAAGGAAGGUGGUGUGGAUGAGAAUGGGGAGAGUUGGGAAGCAGAAGGACUUUAUGUUUGUGAUGCUAGUAUUCUACCAACUGCAGUUGGAGUGAACCCCAUGAUCACCAUUCAAUCAACUGCUUAUUGUCUUUCAGAAAGAAUUGCAGAUAUUUUGAGAUAAGAAGGGAGUAAAUUCAUUGAUGAAUAUUAGUUGAAUAGUAUGUGAAGUUGAUGGUAUUCAUAAUGAAGCAGAUAAGAGGAUAAACAAGAGUCUGUUCAAUUCCCAGAAAUGACUGUCAGAACAACUAAAAUCUGUACAUCUUUAGAAGUUAAAACUCUACAUACAGUUGCUACUAUGUAUGUAUGUAUGUAUGUAUGUUCUACAUCUUUUCUUUUCUUUUUAUGAUUUGGUUGAGGUUUUUUAAAUGUAUAAAAUUAAAUAUUACUAAUGAAUAAAGAAAC